AUGGAGGCGCGCCUUGAGUCGACUCACAGGUCGCGCGAGGCGGAGCGACAAGGGCACCGAGAUGGAGAGGUGCGUGGGGCUCGCUACGGCACAGAGAUGGAGGCGCGCCUUGAGUCGACUCACAGGUCGCGCGAGGCGGAGCGACAAGGGCACCGAGAUGGAGAGGUGCGUGGGGCUCGCUACGGCACAGAGAUGGAGGCGCGCCUUGAGUCGACUCACAGGUCGCGCGAGGCGGAGCGACAAGGGCACCGAGAUGGAGAGGUGCGUGGGGCUCGCUACGGCACAGAGAUGGAGGCGCGCCUUGAGUCGACUCACAGGUCGCGCGAGGCGGAGCGACAAGGGCACCGAGAUGGAGAGGUGCGUGGGGCUCGCUACGGCACAGAGAUGGAGGCGCGCCUUGAGUCGACUCACAGGUCGCGCGAGGCGGAGCGACAAGGGCACCGAGAUGGAGAGGUGCGUGGGGCUCGCUACGGCACAGAGAUGGAGGCGCGCCUUGAGUCGACUCACAGGUCGCGCGAGGCGGAGCGACAAGGGCACCGAGAUGGAGAGGUGCGUGGGGCUCGCUACGGCACAGAGAUGGAGGCGCGCCUUGAGUCGACUCACAGGUCGCGCGAGGCGGAGCGACAAGGGCACCGAGAUGGAGAGGUGCGUGGGGCUCGCUACGGCACAGAGAUGGAGGCGCGCCUUGAGUCGACUCACAGGUCGCGCGAGGCGGAGCGACAAGGGCACCGAGAUGGAGAGGUGCGUGGGGCUCGCUACGGCACAGAGAUGGAGGCGCGCCUUGAGUCGACUCACAGGUCGCGCGAGGCGGAGCGACAAGGGCACCGAGAUGGAGAGGUGCGUGGGGCUCGCUACGGCACAGAGAUGGAGGCGCGCCUUGAGUCGACUCACAGGUCGCGCGAGGCGGAGCGACAAGGGCACCGAGAUGGAGAGGUGCGUGGGGCUCGCUACGGCACAGAGAUGGAGGCGCGCCUUGAGUCGACUCACAGGUCGCGCGAGGCGGAGCGACAAGGGCACCGAGAUGGAGAGGUGCGUGGGGCUCGCUACGGCACAGAGAUGGAGGCGCGCCUUGAGUCGACUCACAGGUCGCGCGAGGCGGAGCGACAAGGGCACCGAGAUGGAGAGCGAAUUGGGCGCAAGGGAAUCGGGCGCAAGGGAAUCGGGCGCAAGGGAAUCGGGCGCAAGCGAAUCGGGCGCAAGGGAAUCGGGCGCAAGCGAAUCGGGCGCAAGCGAAUCGGGCGCAAGGGAAUCGGGUGCAAGGGAGUCGGGCGCAAGGGAAUCGGGCGCAAGCGAAUCGAGCGCAAGGGAAUCGGGCGCAAGCGAAUCGGACGCAAGCGAAUCGGGCGCAAGGAAAUCGGGCGCAAGCGAAUCGGGCGCAAGGGAGUCGGGCGCGCAAGCCAAUCGGGCGCAAGCGAGUCGGGCGCAAGGGAAUCGGGCGCAAGCGAAUCGGGCGCAAGAGAAUCGAGCGCAAGCGAAUCGGGCGCAAGCGAAUCGGGCGCAAGGGAAUCGGGCGCAAGGGAGUCGGGCGCAAGGGAGUCGGGCGCAAGCGAAUCGGGCGCAAGCGAAUCGGGCGCAAGCGAAUCGGGCGCAAGGGAAUCGGGCGCAAGCGAAUCGGGCGCAAGCGAAUCGGGCGCAAGCGAAUCGGGCGCAAGCAAAUCGGGCGCAAGCGAAUCGGGCACAAGCGAAUCGGGCGCAAGGGAAUCGGGCGCAAGCGAAUCGGGCGCAAGCGAAUCGGGCGCAAGGGAGUCGGGCGCAAGGGAGUCGGGCGCAAGGGAAUCGGGCGCAAGCGAAUCGGGCGCAAGGGAAUCGGGCGCAAGCGAAUCGGGCGCAAGCGAAUCGGGCGCAAGGGAAUCGGGCGGAAGGGAUUCGGGCACAAGGGAAUCGGGCGCAAGCAAGUCGGGCGCAAGGGAAUCGGGCGCAAGGGAAUCGGGCGCAAGCGAAUCGGGCGCAAGCGAAUCGGGCGCAAGCGAAUCGGGCGCAAGCGAAUCGGGCGCAAGGGAGUCGGGCGCAAGCGAAUCGGGCGCAAGCGAGUCGGGCACAAGCGAAUCGGGCGCUAGCGAAUCGGGCGCAUGGGAAUCGGGCGCAAGGGAAUCGGGUGCAAGGGAAUCGGGCCCAAGGGAAUCGGGCGCAAGCGAAUCGGGCGCAAGGGAGUCGGGCGCAAGGGAGUCGGGCGCAAGGGAGUCGAGCGCAAGGGAAUCGGGCGCAAGAGAGUCGGGCGCAAGGGAAUCGGGCGCAAGCGAAUCGGGCGCAAGCGAAUCGGGCGGAAGGGAUUCGGGCGCAAGGGAAUCGGGCGCAAGCGAAUCGGACGCAAGGGAGUCGGGCGCAAGGGAGUCGGGCGCAAGGGAGUCGGGCGCAAGGGAAUCGGGCGCAAGCGAAUCGGGCGCAAGCGAAUCGGGCGAAGAGAGUCGAGCGCAAGGGAAUCGGGCGCAAGCGAAUCGGGCGCAAGCGAAUCGGGCGGAAGGGUUUCGGGCGCAAGGGAAUCGGGCGCAAGCAAGUCGGGCGCAAGCGAGUCGGGCGUAA